AUGGCGGGCACCAAUGACCUUAAAUUUCAAGAGUUUGAUGAUGCAGCCAAUGUACCGCCUGCCAACCCCCGAUGCCACUACUGUGAAUAUUGGCGAUACUGAAGACAGCAGUGGGAAGAAGAAAGGGUGGCAAUCCAGAGAAGAAGAGGAGGACUUAUUGGGAAAUGAAGAUUCUGAUAAAACAGAGCUGCUUGCAGGACAGAAGAGAAUUGCACCCUUCUGGACAUUUGAGUAUUACCAGACUUUCUUCGAUGUUGAUACUUACCAGGUUCUGGAUAGGAUAAAAGGUUCUGUCUUACCAAUACCAGGAAGAAAUUUUGUACGGUUGUAUGUCAGAAGCAAUCCAGAUCUUUAUGGUCCUAUUUGGAUAUGUGCCACCCUGGUUUUUACCAUCACCAUAAGUGGGAAUUUUUCCAACUUCCUGCUGCACAGGGGAGAGCCACAAUACCAUUAUGUGCCUGAAUUUAGAAAAGUUUCCAUCGCUGCCACUGCCAUUUAUGCAUAUGCCUGGUUGGUGCCUCUGGCUCUCUGGGGCUUCUUAUCGUGGAGACACAGUAAAGUGAUGAGCAUGGUGUCCUACUCUUUCUUGGAAAUAGUGUGUGUUUAUGGAUACUCGCUCUUCAUUUACAUCCCCACUUCAGUUCUGUGGAUCAUUCAAUCAGAAAUCCUGCGCUGGGUCCUCAUGUCUUUAGCCAUGUGUUUGUCUGGAGCUGUGCUCAUGCUCACAUUUUGGCCAGCUGUGCGGGAAGAUAACCGAAAAGUUGCCAUCUCCACCUUAGUGGCGAUAAUGCUGCUCCAUGUACUGCUGGCAGUUGGUUGUGGGGUAAGAGAACACCAUAUUGUCCAUGAGCUAAGGAGUCGUAUUAGAGGCAAGGGAGGGAUGAUACAUGAUUAUGCAGAGGUAUAA